AUAAAUCAGUUGUGGGAGUCGGGGUCAUCUGUAACAGGCAGAGUGUUGGACAAUUCUAAUUGUUGGAAGCACACACACAUUUCCUACGGAGUACAAGGUGACUCUCCGGCCUCACAGCCUGUGAGACUUUUUUUGUUCACUUUUAUAUGUAUGAGCCUUUUGCCUGAGGAUAUAUAUGUAUGCCUAGUGUGUACCUGCUUUCUACAGAAGUUAAAAGAAAGUAUCCCUCAGAACUGGGUGCUGGGAAUUGAACCUGGGUCUUCUUUAAGAGCAACAAGCACUCCUAGUGGCUGAGUCAGCUUUCCAGUCCCAACAAGUGUUCUCUCAAAGUUUAUGUAGUGCCAUGGGGGGGGUAUAUUUAUGCUUUUUGUUAGUGAUCUUACAAAUCAUUAUCAAGUAUAGUACUCUGAGGUUCCUAAGUACUAACAGACUGCAAUAUGCCUCAUGGACAAAGUAUAUAAGAUAGAUCAUUUUCAUGGAGGGGUGCACUAUUUGCUGUUGCCUAUGAAUUCGAUGUUAAUGGGCAGUGUGUAUUCAAUAUGGUGUCUUUAAACAGAAAUGCCCUCGGUACAUGCUAUGAAUUCAUUUGUUGAUAUCAGAUUGUGUCCAGGGGCUCCUGGGUACCGAACCCUAUGUUUCUCCUAAGAGCAAAGGGUCUCUGUUUGCUGACUGAGUGUGCAGGGUACCAUAACUACUGCAAAUAUGAAACAGUUAUAGUUAUUUCCCAACAUGUCAACUGUGCAGUUGCCGCUGCCCCCCCCCCCGUGACUGUCUACCUCCUGAAGCCUCUGACUCUUAUGUGGGCCUUAGAAUCCCCAUGUGCCUAGGAAUGAGAGUCUCAAGUAAGCCUACUCAGGGACAUUCAGCCCCGCUCCUCUGCUCCUGCCUGGGACUUCCUUCAUGAAUGCUUAGUUCAUGGGGUUCCAGUCAAAGGCCAGCACGGCUCUCGGUGACUCACAAAGGCUCUUUUUACUGAAGUGACCUCAUCAGAUCCUCUCAACAAUAGCAGGGUGGUGGCAUCCCGGCUCCGAUCUAUGGAUGAGCCUGGAGUUCACCGAGGCUAUGUAAGCAGCCCAAGGUCAUCCAGUUUGCUGGCAGCGAGUUGAAGUUCAUUGUCUUUCCACCAUGAAGCAUAGACGCUCUGGAGGAGGUAGGAGCCAGACCUUGUUAUUGAUGCUUCACUGUGAACAGUGGCCGGGAGCAGGAGUGAUAAACAUCUCAGCGCCCACUCUCCAGCCUCUGCCUCUGCUUGCAGCUCCCUCACUCCUCCCACCGUCCUGGACCUGCAAUCCCCAUGGGAAACUCUGAGUUACCUACGUCACCGUCUUAGCCACUGUCCUAAGAUCCAGCUCUCAUGCUCCUGCAUUCUGAGAGCACACGGGAUGCGCUUGUCAACAUUCAUGGAGGCAUGGAAAUCCACUGUCAGAAGAGAGCCGAUGCUUUGUCUGAGGGCACUUUGAGCCCUCUUCACCUGUCUCACCUGCACAGGACACGAACAGGUGCAGCCUUGCCACCACCAUGCCGGAAGUUGAGAGGAAAUCCAAGAUCACUGCCUCCCGUAAACUCAUGCUGAAGAGCCUGAUGCUAGCCAAGGCCAAGGAGUGUUGGGAGCAGGAACACGAGGAGCGAGAGGCUGAGAAGGUGCGUUACCUCUCGGAGCGCAUUCCCACACUGCAGACCCGCGGUCUGUCUCUCAGUGCCCUUCAGGACUUGUGCCGAGAGCUCCAUGCCAAGGUAGAGGUGGUGGAUGAGGAGCGCUAUGAUAUUGAAGCCAAAUGCCUCCACAACACCAGAGAGAUCAAGGACCUGAAGCUGAAGGUGCUGGACCUCCGUGGGAAGUUCAAGCGUCCUCCCCUGCGCCGGGUCCGUGUCUCAGCCGAUGCCAUGCUCCGAGCCCUACUGGGCUCUAAGCACAAGGUGUCCAUGGAUCUGCGGGCCAACCUCAAGUCUGUGAAGAAAGAAGACACAGAAAAGGAGCGGCCAGUCGAGGUAGGAGACUGGAGGAAGAAUGUGGAGGCUAUGUCUGGCAUGGAAGGCCGCAAGAAGAUGUUCGACGCUGCUAAGUCCCCGACCUCCCAGUAGAGGUUGGCUUGCUGUAUGACACUCUGUGUCAUGCUUUGGUCCCUUUCCAGCCCCACUCACCUAUCUUUCUGCUCGUGCCUGGAACAUCCCUAAUAUGCGCUCCCUCCCUCCAGCCUAUGCACACACCUUUGGAGCCAGGAUGAAAUGGCGCACAAAGGGGAAGAGAGAUGCCAGUGCCUGGGACCUCAUCCCAGCAGUGUGGGCUUAUGGUACCCGCUGGGCAUGCUGGGGUUAUCCAGUCACCCCAAGGGGCCCUAGGCUGAGGAGGGAGGCAGAGAGAACUGCCUCUCAGCAGCCCCGUGUUGCUUCCCUCCAUCUCUGUUGCUACCUGCAGUAUUCACAAGUUCUCCAUUAAAAAAAAAAAAAGA